AUGUCAGAUUUGCCACCUUCAAGAUUCAUCUCGGGAUUGGACAUGCUCGGCCGCGGGGCGACCGCCUGGGCGUUCAAGUUGGACCAGGACAUCGCGAUCAAGUAUGUCCGCAAGGGACGGCUCAAAGAAUUCCAGGCCGAAAACGAGAUGUACGAUCUCUUUGAGAAACACGGAUCAUCGCCAUACAUUGUACACAGCUUCUUCCGGCUCCCAGGGCUGAAUUUCAUGCAACUAAUGUCCUCUGGCCUUGACCAACGUAUUUACAGUAACCAGCGCCGCGAUGCCAAAAAUUUAAGGUGCCUCGAAGUCUUACGCCUGGAACCAACACCAAAGGUCGAACAGUGGGCCAUGGAGCUAUCCGGCGCUCUCGCUUGGUUAGAUUCCUUGGGACUGGUUCAGGGGGACUUGAGACCACAUAAUAUUUUGCUCGAUGGUAAUGACCAUCUGAAACUCGCAGACUUCGACUGUGUCGCCAAGGUUGGCUCAAGAAACCCGGGCAAUCCUCCCCCCUGGGCACGUCUGGUUCCUACUGAUGGCUUUGGGAUGUACGGGACGACAAGCGAACAGUUUACGUUUGGCUCGAUUCUAUAUAAUCUUACCCAUGGCUGCGAGCCUUACGAAGAGUUGGAUUUGGAUGGUAAUGAGGUUGUCGACCUGCUCAGGUUGAUGAAAUUCCCCGAGUUAUCAGAAUCUACACUAGACCAGGUCACGCUUCGUUGCUGGCACGGCGAUUUUGAGUCUCUCGCGGACCUGGCGUGUGAGAUGGCUAGCUUAGAUGGUGCAAAGACCGCAUCGCGUGCUGUUUCGUUUGAUGAAGACUACAUUGCUCAAAUGCGCGAGAGGUGCCGCAAAUUACUUACUGGAAGCCUAGCGGGCAUAGAUAUCGCAGCAGUUUCUAGCGGGGAAGAAGAAAGGGUCUCGUCACAUCAUAGAGCUUGA